CAAUUCAAAACUCCAGACGUUAUCUUAUAGUUGAUGUUAGCUUGAGUGCGGUGCAGCUUUUUUUACGUUGUACGUCAUGGGUAAAAUAUUUGUUCACAAGUAACGGUAUUUUUCAAUAAGUUUAAAAAGUUCACAAGUAACCACUACGAGAACCUUUGCCACGGAGGACAGACGUCGCUGUGGCCGCUCACAGCACUCUCUCACCGGACGCGAGAGCGCCUACGGCCCGCUGAAGAGGACCGGUUGAAAAUGGAGCCCUCGGACCCUGGCAAGAAUGAUGAAAACAGUGAAUACUGCUUCAGGAGACGCAUUUCUUCUAUUCUUAAAGCCCCACGGAAAUCAAUAUUCACAGAUCCAGAGCAACAGGAAAAUAUGGUUGAAUGUGCCAAACCUACUGAAAAAAGAAAUUCCAGAAGAGUUAGCUUUGCACCAGCCAAUGAUGUCCUCCUUUUUGCCAAGGAUGUUAAAAAUGCCUCCCCACUCCGCAGUCCAUUCCAAGAGUUAAUGUCUACAGCAGUGCUACCAACACAAAAUAGUGUUCAGGUGUCAAUUGGUGAAGAUGGGAUUCAACAAAUAAUGGGAAUGGAGCCUGUGAUAAGUGCACCUCUUCAUACCUCUGACCUAAAUGGAAAGGCCACCUUUGAACCUGGAUUGGGUUUUGGAGAGAAAACAGUGAUGUAUUGUGAGGAUGAUGGCUUCAUGGAGAUGACCCAGAGUCACACUAUCAACAUAGCUAAUAAUGAAGGCUGUCUUGUAGAUUCUCCACAGAAGAAUAGAACCACCUUGCUUUCUUGUGGAAAGAAGACAGUGAUGUCCUCAGCAGAUAGCAAAUCCUUGGAUAUGAGCCUAAGGUAUAACGCGAAUGUCGCAAGAGGGUUACAAGCGCCAUCCGCAGGCAGAGUCACAGAUUUUAGAGUUACGUCAUCUCUUCCAAGUUUUGAUCCCUCUUUCAACAACUUGCUCUGUAGUCUUUCAGAAUCACAUGGAUCAAAUGUGAAACUCUCCGAAGCCACAUUGGAGACUAACAUGUCACAGAUUAAAACCCAAAAGGUAGAUGUGAAUAAGGAAAAUCAAACUCCGACUUCAGUUUAUUCUGAAAUGGGGAAAUCGCCUAAUAACGCCAGGAAUAUUGGACUCUCUCAAGACAUGGAUUUGACAGUUACCCACACAAGCCACAUUACAGGAUUGACAGAUGAUGCUGACGAUCCUUUUCAGUGUCUUUUCCCCACACAAGAAAUGUAUUCCCAGUCUGAUACUGCAUUACAAGCAAUACACAACACAAAGACCCUUCAGAAGCAGACCGGCAUGACACCAGGAUCAUACAACACAAAAGCAGCAUCUGGAAACAGGUUUGAGAAGGAAAAUGCUGAAGAAGAAUCUUUUCAGAUAACUGACACACUCUAUUUAAAGAAUCAGUCUUUUCAUGCACUUCAACGACAAAGGAUGGCUGCAUCGCCGGGCUUGCAGCACAAAUCGUUAACGUCACCAUCCUCACCGGGUCCUCAGAUUAAUUCUGAGACUCAAGAGGACUGCAGAGAGCAAGCAGUGAGAUUUACAGAUGGUGAUGCUCACUUGGAUGUGACUGGUACUCAUUCUGUAAACAUAGCUAGUACUUUCACAAUACAAUCACACAAAACUCUGGACAGUUUACCUACGAGUGAUGAGAGAACAAUGAGGUUCACAGCAUAUGAUGCCACAAUGGAUGUGACCCGAAGCCUUACUGUAAACAUUAGUACCCCUUUUGAAACAGGAGACCAAAAAAAUUUCAACUCUGUUCCUGCUGGAGGAGAGAAAACCAUCAGAUUUUCAGCAAAUGACGCAGUGAUGGAUAUGACGCAAACCCUCACUCCAAUAAUUGAUACUCCUUUUGAACCAGGAACACACCACAAUACUAACUUCGUACCUCCUGGAGGAGAAAAAAACAUCAGGUUUUCAACAAAUGACACAGCGAUGGAUUUAACGCAAAACCUUACCGCAAACAUUGCUACACAUUUGGAACCAGGUGCACAGCAGAAUGGUAACUCCAUACCCGCUGAAGGAGAGAAAACUAUUAGGUUUUCUGCAAAUGACGCAUGGAUGGAUAUGACGCAAAACCUCACUGGAAUAAUUGAUGCUCCCUUUGAACCAGGAGCACACAAAAAUGUCCACUCUGUACCCACUGGAGGAGAGAAAACCAUGAGGUUUUCAGCAAAUAAUGCAGCAAUGGAUUUGACACAAAACCUCAAUGCAAUAAAUGAUACUCUCUUUGAACAAGGUGCACACCACAAUACUAACUACAUACCUGGUGGAAGAGAAAAAAAUUGUUUUUCAACAAAUAGCACAGCGAUGGAUGUGACGGGGAACCUCACAGCAAGCAUUGCUACACAUUUCGAACCACAUGCACACCAGAAUGGUAACUCCAUACCUGCUGGAGGACGGAAAACUAUCAGGUUUUCUGCAAAGGACGCAGUGAUGGAUAUGACGCAAAGCAUCGCUGCAAUAAUUGAUACUCCCUUUAAACUAGGAGCACACAAAAAUGUCCGCUCUGUACCCGUUGGAGGAGAGAAAAACAAGUUUUCAGCAAAUGACACAGCAAUGGAAAUUACACAAAACCUCACUGCAAUAAUUGAUACUCCCUUUGAACCAGGAGCACACCACACUAAUAAAUUUGUACCUGCUGGAAUAGAAAAAACUUUCAGGUUUUCAACAAAUGACACAGCUAUGGAUGUGGCUCAAAACCUCACUGCAAACAUUGCUACACAUUUGGAACCAGGUGCACACCAUAAUAGUAACUUUGUACUUGCUAGAGGAGAGAAAACUAUCAGAUUUUUAGAAAAUGAUGCAGCAAUGGAUGUGACAGGGAGCCUCACCGCAAACAUUGCUACACAUAAACCAGCAGCCCACCAAAAUAUCAACUUUGCACCUGCUGAAGAAGCGAAAGCCCUGAGGCAACUCCUCCCUGCAAACAUUGAUUCACCUUUGGAACAAGGAGCACCCCACAAUCAGCCUAUUGGAGGAGAGACAAUUAGGUUUUCAGAAAAGGACACUGCAAUAGAUAUGACACGAAGCCUCACUGUAAACAUUGAUGCUCCUUUUGAACCAGUAGCACACCAGAAUGUUCACUUUGUACUCGCUGGAGAAGAGAAAAUGCAGAGGUUUCCAGCAAAAGACGCGGCUAUGGAUGUGACGCAAAAACUCCCUGCAAACAUUGAUUCACAUUUGGAACCAGGAGCACACCACAAUGAACCUACCAAUGAACUAGGUACAAACCAGAAUGUUAACUUUAUACCUACAGUGAGAGAGAAUUGCAUGAGGUUUACAGUAAAUGAUGCUGCUAUUGAAGUGACACAAAAUAAUCCUCCUUUAGAACCAGGAACACACCAAAAUGUUCACUUUGUACCUGCUGGAGAAGAGAAAAUGCAGAGGUUUUCAGCAAAAGACGUUGUUGUGGAUGCGACAAAUAGCCUCCCUGCAAACAUUGAUUCAAAUUUGGAAGUAGGAGCACACCACAAUGAACUUACCAAUGAAUCAGGUACACACCAAAAUUUUAACGUCUUACCUGCAGUUCCAGAGACCUCUGUGAGAUUUAGAGUCAAUGAUGCUGCUUUGACAGUUCCACAAAGUCAUGCCAUAAACACUGCUACUUGUUUUGAGCCACAGACCCAACAAAACAGAGAGUGUUUUACUUUUGGAGGAGAGAAGACCAUAAGAUUGACUACAAAUGAUGCACCUGUGGAUGCAACACAACGUCACACUGUAAACAUUGCUGUUAGGUUACUAUCCAAUGAAGUUCCUCCAGCCAAGAAACAAGAAGAGCUUUGUGGUCCGCCAAAAAAAAGACCUAUAUCAGUUCUCGGUUUAAAUCCAGGACAAAAUAUCUUUUGUAAUACAGGUUUCCCUUCAACUGACCACAUGGUCACGAAGGCAGACCCUCCAUUAGAACCAUACAUUGAAGAAUCGGUUGACAAAAAAAAAAUAAGACCAGCACAGGCUAAAACACUGUAUGUGGAUAAUAAGUACAAAGUUCCAGAAAUUAAAGAUCUUUAUGAUAGUCCUUUAACAACAAUGAAGAACAAGGAUGGCUCUUCUCAAGGAGCAGAGACUGACAUAAACAUCAACCUGACAGAAGUUCAAACAGGCUUUAUUGUUGGAGACAGUUGCUCGGGUGACCCCCCUCAGUGUGAGUCAUCAACACAACACCCAUGUGCUGAUGUUCAAGAGAGCAGAGAGAUGACGUCACAACAAACCAGUGGAGUGCCUGAACUAUCUAGCCAAGAUGUAGUGGAACGUAUAGAUUCCAUUGACUCAAAAGAAACUCAGAGAAGCAAUGGAGCUGAAUUAAGAAAUAAAACCAGCCCUUUGUCGCAGAAGUUAAAUUCACCUAAUGCCGGUGACUAUUGCAAUGGUUCAAGUCCUACCACGCAGUCUAGACGUUUAAGUUUAGCUAAUCUUCAAUUAAAACUGAGGCGUUUGAGCUGCAUGAAUAGCAAGACAUCUGACAUUAUUGCCACAGAAAGCUGCACUGCACCUUUGCCUUGUUUGGACCCUGACGCUGACGAAAACACAAAAGAUGAUAAAAAUGAUUUGGUCCCUGAUGUUGUGCCAGAUGUUAAAACAGACUUGGGAAACGUUGAGGAUGACGAUACACAACAUGGUCCGCAAGACUACACAACCGUGGCAACUCCUUUCAAAUUUAAGACUACAGAGCUUAUGUCAAGACUGUCAAUGAGAGGCUUUAAGCCAAAAAUCCCACAAAGAAGCCCAGCUGACGAACCAAAAAAGGCAAACUCCAGCUAUGCCAAUGCCAAGGAAAAAUCUGUGUGUAUGACAGCAACUGAAAAUAUUACCAGUAAACUGAAGAAGUGGAAUGACGAUUUGAGUGACAUUAAUGAUGAAGUACUCUGUAGUUGCGAAGAGCUAUCAGAAACACUGGACACAGAAAGUGCCCUCGAAAUCUCAGAAAACAUGAUCCCUUUUGAAGAUUUCAACAUAGAUGAAUCCUUACUGGACAAUGUUUUUCAAGAAAACAGCCCAAAUGGUGCCCAAGGAAUAAAGAGACCCUUGCCAUCAGAUGAAAACAAUGCAGAGGACAAAAAGAAAAUGAAGGCAUCCAGUGAGAUGGUCCCUGAGGCUGUUGAAAUGGGAAUACCAGCUCAUGUUCUGGAAUAUGAUCGUGUGAACAUAACUACAGUUCCAACAAUGUCGAAUCAGGCCAUGGAUUCCUCCAACAGUACUCACACAAACAGCAGCCGAUAUGACCCUACAGUUAAUUCUAAUUUUAAACAGAGCAUGUUGGAAUCCCAGCUUGAAGACAAGGAUGUGCAGAAAUUAGAAGAUGGCACUAUAACAAUGCUAGAGUUCUUUCAACUCUUCAGCAUAGACUUUGUGGUCCAUAAGCCCCGGCAAAGCGUCGUUCCUGGCAGACUUCCAUCCGACACUGAUCGCUCAACAGUGGAUGUAUUGAAAGACAGACUUAUAAAUCGUCCCAAAGAAAAGGUCUAUGAAUCUGAUUUUGAGAUCCUCUCUGAAAAGGUGGAAGGGUUGAAUUGCAGAAUGUUGGACUUAAACAAACCUCUCAAGAUGGUCAAUAAAUGUUUGUGGAAAGAGAUGAAAGAAUGUUCUCGAAAGGAGAUGAGAUCUUUUGGUGUAAAAUUAAAAGAGAGAAACAAUUUCUUCAGAAAGAUGAGCAAAGUCCGCUCCCAUGAAAUGAAGGAGGUCCUGUACUCUGAUCUUGUACAAACUGUUACGGACGGGAAACAGAAGUUGAGAAGUACAGUUGAUGAAUCUAAUGAGAUGAUCAAAACUCUGGAUGACUGUAUUUGUGAUUUGGAAGCAGAACUUGCAGCAGUUGAAGAAAAAGGAAAUGAAAACAAGCCAAGUCUGAAGUCACUCCAGGAAGAAAUGAAGAAGGUCAAUGAGACUUUUGAUGAUAAAAAACGACAAAUAUAUGAACUGGAGGUUCAGACAAAGCAGGCUUCAAGAAAAUUGAGCAGUCUGAAAGUUGAGACAAAAAACCUUCAGAGCUACAUUGGCAUCCUCAAUACGAUCAAUGAAUGGCGCUUUAAAGAAAAGACAGACAACUACACAGUCUACACUUUCCUCUAUGACACAUUGCAUCUACAGCUAGAGUACAAAGGAAAUGGUGCUGAUAAGAAACCUGAGCAGAGCAUUUCACAUAUCAAUUUCAAUUUUCUUCUUGAUGAUGAGAAGUCACAGAACCACGCCUGUAUGGUUCACAAGCUGCUCUCUCAGUACAUCGAGGGUGAAACAGCCUGGGUGGAGAAAUACCCAACAUGCAGACACGUUCCAAAGCUGCUCCAUGACAUGUCCUUGGUGGUCAGUUACUGUCGUCUCUUGGGGGAGGAGUUACGACUGCUGAAAAUGUGGGGAGGUUUACGGCUCAAUAUCGUGGAGAUCAGCUGUGUGGACACUCAAAUAAAUAUUGUCUUCAGCAGUCUGAGGAGAUGCUCCAAGUUUGAGGUCACCUUGUCAGUCAGCUUGGCCAAUCACCUUUAUGUUCUUCAAGUGCAUGGCUUCAAAAAUAUCCUUGGAGACACAACGAGCCACCAGAUCAAACAGAUUGUGGAAUCAUUCACUCCAGGCAAGAAGCUCUUGACAAAGAUUGUCAAAAAGAUUAACUGUCAUCUCCUUUGUUGAAAUUUGUACGAUGUAUUGAUUUAUUUUUCCUCCAUAUGUUCUGUCUGCAGUCAGUCUCUGUAGUUUCCACAAUCACCUGUAGAUGGCGCCCAUGUUCUUAGUUUUGUUUACAAAAUGACAUAUUGCCUUUACAUACAGUAUGACAAAAUAGUAUGCCCUAUUUGUUUUUUUAUUUGUUAUUCAUGUAUUAAAUGUGGUCUGUUAAUUCA